AUGGCUGCCCAGACCACGACAAUAGAGACAGUGUCCGUCGUGCGGCCUAUGAAGGUCAGUUUUUGUUCCAAAAACAUUUUUUUUACCUAGAUAUUGUAAUAGGCUAGUUUUCAAGUCGUACAAUCUUAUUGUAAUAGGCUAAUUUUAAGUCAAAAACAGAGUAAAAAUACGAAUUUCAAAGGAAAGUUCAAAGUUUACUAACCAGGAAAGAGUUUCAACUGCGAUGACUUUUUUUAAACUUUGCACAAUACUAAGCAUGGGCCACAUAUCAAUUUCUGAAAGUUUGCAGGUAGCCGAGAUAUGGAACGAUCUUUGCGGCCAAGAGAGCACGCAAAACACGGAGAGGGUCAAAGAAAACACUUUUCGGCCGUAUCUUUGGCAAUUUCGCACGUAAAAAAUACUACUUUUAGCAGAGAAAAAAUACUAUCUUUAGCAGAGAAAAUAUGUUAGUAAUAGACAUAAACUUUUCUUGUCGAAAUUUGCAAAAAAAAUCGCAUUUUUUAAAACCUUUGGAAUAAAAAAAAUCUCGGUAGUUUCUGCAAAGCGCGAGCUAGAAGGUUCGCAUAUUCUUUAGAAAAAAUUUAGUAAAAUUUAAGCCAAGUUGCAUCAAAAUCUGAGCGUCGCAGUUGCGAUACUUUCCUUGUAAAUAAACAUUUUCAUUUUGCAAAAAAGAAAUUCGGCCUACUUAUUUUUAACUUCAGUCUGACCCUCCCAACAACAUCGAUUUUCCAGGUAAUCGCCCUGAUCUGCCUGAUUCUCUCUCUCAUCCUCCUAAUUAUCGCUCUCUCAACAAAGUCCUGGGUCAGUUCGGACCGGUUUCACACAGGACUGUUCGAGGAAUGCACUGCCGAAUCCAACAAUGGUCGACCGGCUAACAUCGUGCCUGUUCCUGAUGCUCCAGCAGAAGGAACAUGUCAGUCAAUUACUCGAGCCAACUUGGUAUAUGUUAAAGCAGUCGCGGGAUUGCUGAUCGUCGCAGCGCUGGCCACAUUUAUCGGGUUGUUGGCGAAUCUUUUGGGCUUGAAGACGAAUGAUCUGCAUAAGAAACAUACGUUCUACAAAGGAGCAACGUAUGCGGCAUUGUUUAGUGGUAAGUGAAAAAGUAAUUUGCUGCAAAAGAAGUGAUGGAAAAUAGGUCAUUUCGAAACUAUAGGCUAACUUUCAUUUUUUGACAUUUCGCCAACUUACUAUUGAUUUUUCAAAAAAUCGAAAUAUUAUCAAAUCCAAGUUCAUCUAACUCAAUUUUAACCCGGUUAUUUUCAGUUCUCUGCCAACUGACCGCCCUGAUUGUCUACCCAGUCUGUUUCUUCUUCACCAUGAACACCUAUGGCAUCCGAAACUGGGCAUUCGACUGGUCUUAUGGCGUAGCUUUUGGAGCCAUGCUCAUCACCUUUGGCGCUUCGUUGAUGCUAAUAUGUGACAAAGAACAUGACGAGAUCUACUACAAAGAGAAGACCAUCUACAACCCGCCGGACAACUUUGCUUGA